GUCGUUCCUCUCUGCUCUGCUCUGCUCGAGAGGAAAAAUGGAGUUCGAGAAGAGGAAAGCAGCGACUUUGGCUUCAAUAUCUUCACCGGAACCGGACAAAUCUCCGAAGGGCACCGUAGACGUUCCGAUAAUCCCACUCCUUCGCACCAUAAAUUGCCACCCAUCUUUUUUCACCACCAGCUCUUGCUCCGGCCGUAUCUCCAUCUUCUCCCACUCCUCCGCCGCCGCCAAGAAGAAAGCUUCCAAAGGCGGCCAGUGGGUCUUCAUAACUCACGACCCUGCCGACCCCGACUCGGUCCUCAACCUCCUCUUCCCCCCCAACUCGCUUGGCUCGCCGUCACCUCAACCUCACUUGUCCAACCUCGUUUUCCGGUUUGAACCCCUAAUUAUCGCUGUCGAGGCGAAGGACGUUUCCUCGGCUCAGUCGUUCGUUUCUUUGGCCAUCUCUUGCGGGUUUCGAGAGUCGGGGAUUACUAGCGCCGGAAAAAGAGUGAUCCUCGCGAUCAGGUGCUCGAUUCGCCUGGAGGUGCCGCUGGGAGACAGCGACCGGAUUUUCGUGUCGCCGGAGUAUGUUAGGCUCCUUGUGGAUAUAGCCAACGAGAAAAUGGAGGCUAAUAAGCGACGAACUGAUGGUUUUCUAAACGCGUUGUUGAGCAACGGGUUUGGCGGGCCGGGAAUCGGAGGGUCCGGUGAAAGGGUGUUUGUGAAAGGAGAAGAAUAUGCUGGCAAGGAGGAUGGCUUGAUAAGGAUUGGGGCUUUGAAUUCUGGUGGCGAUGUGAAUGUGUUGAAAAAUGGAGAUAUGCAUUCAGAAAGAAUUGUGGCAAACGGCGCUCGUUUUGAGCAAGGGCAAUGCUGUGUACAAAUACGACCCUCCCAGGACCCUCUUAAAGCAGGGAGCUUGUGCACUGAGAACAUCCCUUUUAGUGCUUUUGGUUGGCCUUCAGGGGAUUUUGAUAUCCAUCUACCCGUGGUUCAGAUGAUGAUUGAUGGUGAACCUCUUGAGAAGCUUUUUCUUUGGGGUCACUCUGCCUGUACAUUGGAUGAUUUAGAUAACACAAAGGUUCUCAUUUUUGGUGGUUUUGGAGGCAUGGGAAGACAUUCACGAAGAAAUGACUCUUUACUACUUGACUCAUUGUGGGGUAAGUUAAAAACCAUCAGCAUCCAGAAGGCUCCAUGUCCACGGUUGGGUCACACUUCUUCUAUGGUGGGAGAUCUAAUGUUUCUUAUUGGAGGCAGGGCUGAUCCAGUGAAUAUUUUGAAUGAUGUUUGGGCCCUUGAUGCAGCAAAGGGUGAUUGGAAGUUACUGGAGUGUACAGGCACUGUAUUCCCUCCAAGGCAUCGGCAUGCAGCAACAGUUACAGAUUCAAAAAUAUAUGUAUUUGGGGGACUUAAUGGUGAUUUGGUCUCUUCAGCACUCUAUGUCCUUGACACAUUCAGUUUAGAGUGGAAUGAGAUACAUAUCCAUGGAGAAUGGCCGUGUGCUCGUCAUUCACACACCAUGGUGGCAUCUGGAUCUAAGUUAUUUAUGUUUGGAGGAUUUGAUGGAGAGAAAGCACUGGGUGACUUUUAUAGUUUUGAUACGCAAACAUGUUUAUGGAAAAAGGAAACAGUGGCUGGCCAAGCUCCCUAUGCAAGGUUUUCACAUUCCAUGUUUGUUUAUAAAAAUUAUUUGGGCAUAAUAGGUGGAUGUCCUGUCAGACAACACUGUGAAGAAUUGUCAUUACUUGACUUGCAGCUCUGCUUGUGGAAGCAUGUGAUCCUCGACUCUGUUGGGAAAAAUCUUUUUGUACGCUGCACUGCUAGUGUUGUUGGUGAUGAUCUAGUUGUUGUUGGUGGUGGGGCUUCUUGUUAUGCAUUUGGAACAACAUUUUGUAAGCCAACUAAAGUGAACCUAAUUCCUUUGAUGUCUUUGGGCUGCAGCCCAGUGCCUACUGAAAUUGGAGUGAAGCACGCAAUUAACAAAGAUGAAGGGGUUUUAAAGCAAGGGAACAGUGAGUUUCAAAUCCAACAGAACAGAAUUGCACAAAUAUCAAAUGAAUGUCCUGACCCGAAUUUUAAAACUAAAUUCCCAGGAACAAAUGUUGAUCAUGGUGAAAAUUUGCUUCUUGAUUCGCAUUGGGUUUUAAAACUUGAGAGAAAACACGCCAAACUGGGGAAGGACAUCUUAAAGAAGUUUGAGUGGUUAGAUCUUGGUAGAAAGGUCUAUUCCAGGGAAGAUGGAGUGCAUAUUUGUUUUCCUGUCACUCAAAAAUUUCUUACUUUAUACUGUGAUAGGCAAAAUCAACCUGCAGGAGCAUGUGAAAUGAUCAAUGACCUUCACGCAUAUAAGAGAUUUACUGGAGAUACAGUUGUAUUGAACAAUUUGACCUCUUUAACAGCCUUGAAUCUUCUAAUAGCAUUUGGCGCAACAACACAUGUAGAUGAGGUCAAACUGAGGAAAAUAUCAACUUCUCCUCUAAAAGUGAUGAGUGAAGCUGUAGCUUCUUUGGUGAAACACAAAGGUCUACCAGCAGAGCUUUUAGGGCAACUACCAACAAGAUGGGAGCUACUAGGGGAUAUUGUUGUGCUACCGGUGUCAUCCUUCAAGGAUCCAGUAUGGGACUCAAUUGGAGAUGAACUUUGGCCUGUUGUUGCCAAAUCACUUGGUGCUAAGAGGCUUGCUCGUCAGGGUCAAGUUGCACCUACUGGAACUAGGGACAGUACUUUGGAGAUUCUUGUGGGAAAGAAUGGCUGGGUUGACCAUCGUGAAAAUGGAAUUCUCUAUUCCUUUGAUUCUACCAAGUGUAUGUUCUCCUGGGGCAAUCUUUCAGAGAAGGUUAGGAUGGGUCAUCUUGACUGCAGACAUGAAGUUAUUGUGGAUUUAUUUGCUGGUAUAGGAUAUUUUGUGCUGCCCUUUCUAGUCAGAGCCAAUGCAAAACUGGUUUAUGCUUGUGAGUGGAAUCCCCAUGCUGUUGCAGCACUCAGGCGAAAUCUUCAUGUUAACUCUGUAAUGGAUCGGUGCAUCAUACUUGAAGGGGACAACCGAGUUGAAGCACCUAAAGGAGUUGCUGAUCGAGUUUGUCUUGGUCUAUUGCCUACUAGCGAGGGUAGUUGGGUUACUGCUGUAAGGGCAUUGAGGAGUGAGGGUGGUAUAUUGCAUGUUCACGGGAAUGCUAAGGACUCAGAGGAGGGUUUGUGGGCGGAUCAUGUUCUGAAAUCCAUUUACGACAUUUCUAGAUCUGAAGGCCAUUCGUGGGAGAUUUCGAUAGAGCAUGUGGAGAGAGUCAAAUGGUACGCUCCCCACAUCCGUCACCUUGUUUUGGACGUAAGAUGCAAAUCGAUUCACAGUUAGCAGCAUAAAUUGCAUCAAAGUAAGCAACAUCGCGAGAAAGGUGAAGAAGUGCAAGGAUGCUGAUUGAUAUCGAAUGUUACAGCUCCCCAUCAUGUACUCUGUUGAAGUUUCGGCACCUCAAACCUUUCAUACUAGGCGCGUUGACAGCCUAACCUAAGCUGAUGAAGUACUGGGAUUUAUGCAGAAUGCCCGAGGGGGGUCGGGGGGAAGCCUUUUCCCUUUGCACUGGAGCGGAGGAUUGGGUACCUCAUUGACAGGAACUCAAAAGUUUUGGUCUUCAUUUGGAAUACUGAAUAUCGUAGGACAGACCUGAAUGUGGAAAUGGAGAUGUGAUUGAGUGAGCUGAAACUAGCAAAUUUGGAAAGAGCUUUAGUUCCUCGUUAUGAGGAUAAAAUGCAGGUCUGGCUGUACUAUAACCUGCCUGUGAUUUUGUUUGAUUUUUACCGUAUUUAGUUCAGGUUCAGAUGUGCUGGCAGAAGGGUGUCUCUUGUCUUCCCAUCAUUGGGACCUACCCCACGCCUCUUAUGCAUCAAGACCUUCCUACCCUACUCCUCUUCUGCAUUAUUGGGACCUACCCCACUCCUCUUA